CUAGCGUUGCCGUUGCUGUGCUAACGCCUUGACUCGGAUGCCUCAGCAUCCAAUAUAUUCGAUAUUUCGUCCGCUCUCGUUCGCGACCAAAGAGAACCAUGGCUGCAUUGAACUUCUCCGAGGUUGUUGGCUCCGCAACUAGCUCUAAAAAACUCAUCAAUCUACUGAGAGGAUGGCCGAACGCUUCGCUACUCCCUACUCGUCUUAUCGAAAAGGGCUCGCGCAGUGUACUUCAGGAUCCGUCGAUAGCGUUUCCCGCUUUGUUGUACGCACCUGACAAUGGUGAUCUAAAAUUACGCCAAAACAUGGCCUUAUGGCUUACGAAUUUUUACCGACCAGCGGCACCUAUAUCUGACGAGCGUAUUGUUGUCACCGGUGGAGCUUCGCAGAAUCUGGCGAACCUCCUCCAGGUGUUCACGGAUCCGGUGUAUACGCGUAAUGUGUGGAUCGUUGCUCCAGCCUAUAUGCUGGCUUUCAGAAUUUUUGAUGACAGCGGACUAAAGUUGCGAGCAGUGCCAGAGGAUGAACAAGGCAUCGAUAUUGAGUACUUGCGAAGUGAAAUCAAAAAGAGAGAGGACGAAGCACAAGCACAAUCAGACAGCAGUGAGCCCAUUAAGCCUCACAGACCAUGGUCCAAAUUCUAUCGCCACGUCAUCUAUGCAGUUCCUACCUUUUCGAACCCUUCGUUCAAGACGAUGACCCUAAAGCGAAGGGAACAGCUAGUCAGACUAGCACGGGAGUACGACGCUUUAAUCAUCACGGAUGAUGUGUACGACUUCUUGCAAUGGCCAGCGAGCCUAACGGCCAAGAAUUUGUCUCUCGACAAAGCCAUUCUGCCUAGAAUCGUCGAUGUCGAUCGAUACCACGACGGUGGUGCAGAACGGGAAGGUGCUGAUGGAUUCGGCAACUCGGUGUCAAACGGUAGCUUCUCGAAAAUUGCUGGCCCGGGUCUAAGGACUGGUUGGUGUGAAGGUACCUCGAAACUGGCAUUUGGUGUUUCUCAGACCGGCUCAAGUAGGUCAGGCGGUGCGCCUUCUCAGAUCGCCGCUACCUUUCUCGCAGAGAUGCUUGCGUCAGGAGAUCUCCAGCGCCAUGUCUAUGAGGUCCUUCAGCCUUCCUAUGGCAGACGUUAUCAGAAGAUGGUAACAGCAAUCGAAAAAGAACUCAUCCCUCUUGGAGCUCGUCUGCCACAAACAGGUCGUGACGUCGUCGGAGGGUAUUUUAUCUGGCUGACAUUGCCGACCGGAAUCGAGAGCUCUGUCGUCGUGCAACGCGCGAAAGAAGAGGAGAACGUUGUUGUUGCGCAGGGUGAGAUUUUCGAGGUGCCGGGUGAUACAAAGCACGCAGGUACCCAUUUCGAAAAUGAUAUCAGGAUGUGCUUUGCUUGGGAAGACGAAGCUGUACUAGCUGAGGGUAUCGCGCGCCUUGCACGCGUGAUACGCACGCUCCAGCGUGAGCAACAAGAUGGGGGUGCACAGUCGGCACAGUCGUCCAUGCAACACGCCACCGAGGCCAGCGCAAAGGACUUUUGGUAAAGCAACGGAGUGGCUAAGGCGAGUCCAAAUCUCCGAUGCAUGUGAGCUUAAUUACAAGUAUAGCCACUUUUCUGGCUAUCGCGCGGACGAUGAGCGUGUAGAAUGCCCCGUCAAGGCUUCCUAUUGGCUAAAGAUGCAGCAUUAAUAGAGUCAGCUAAGCAGCGGGGAUCUACGCGUGCGCUGCUGCCAUCAAACGAUGGUCGACUCCGUAGUGCCACCUGAAAUGAAAGUAUAUUCUAUCACAGGCUGCAAGCGCCUUCUCUGCGCGGAGAAGCUCGUGAUGCGCCGCUUCGUACACGAUCCACGGCGGUGUGGGUCUGCCCAAUGUCAAUCAGGGCUCGGCCGCGUGGAGAAGCUGUGGUGCUACAGUCGCACAGUGCGAGCUCAAAAAUGCCAGACGGUGAAGCAGGCAAGGCGACUGCAGAACGAGGUGAGGGAGGAGGCCCUUUGUUCGUGACAGCUUCCCGACUGCGUUAGACAUU